CAAGCGCCCAGAACCGUGAGAUAAUAAACGCGUUCUCUGUUGGGCACGCGCGUGUUUAUUUGCAUGUUACGAUGUAACAAAUAAUGUAAACGCGUGUCCUCGUCGAUUUCCCCCCUCCGAGAUCGUUUAAAUUGCCUGCCGAGAGGUCGCCGGGUCAUCGCGCGAGCGAUACGCGACUUAUUACAGAUUAACUCCCGCAGAGAGCGAGAAAUCGUGCCGGUCGGUCCGUCGUUGCGUAAAGCGUGAUUGGCGCUCGUCGUAGUCGUCGUCGCGGCAGUCAUUGUUGCCGACGACCACCUGUAGCAUCUCCCACGUUUCGCUCGCAGCUCCGAGCGGCGCAUUGUCCGGGAAAGUCACCAGCGAGUCGACCGUUUUAGCCCGCGGGUCGAAGCAAGAUGACCCAGCACACGGUCCUGGUAAUCGGCGGCGGCGGCAGAGAGCACGCCAUUUGCUGGAAAUUGUCUCACUCGCCACGUGUGAAAGAGAUCCUGGUCGCCCCCGGGAAUCCCGGCAUCAAAGAGGUGGAUAAGGUGCAGUUAGUUGACUUGAACGUGAAGAAUACCAAGGAGGUCGCCAAAUGGAGCAAGGACAACAACGUCGACUUGGUGGUGGUUGGACCGGAGGACCCUCUGGCUCAGGGACUGGCGGACGAUCUGAAAGACGCGGGCGUGUUGUGCUUCGGGCCGCAGAAGAGAGCAGCUCAGAUCGAGGCCGAUAAAGAUUGGGCGAAGCAAUUUAUGGACAGACAUCAAAUCCCUACAGCCAAGUGGCGGAGCUUCACCUCCGCCGCGGAUGCCAAGAAGUUUGUUGAAAGCGCUCCCUUCAAGGCGCUCGUGGUGAAGGCCUCAGGUCUGGCGGCCGGUAAGGGCGUGGUGGUGGCAAAAGACCAGCGGGAAGCUUGCCAUGCGAUAGACGAAAUGUUGAACGAUAAGAAAUUCGGAGCUGCCGGCGAGACCGUAGUUGUCGAGGAACUCUUGGAGGGCGAGGAGGUGUCUGUACUCGCGUUUACAGACGGCGAGACCGUUGUGCCCAUGAUGCCUGCACAGGACCACAAGAGAAUUUUUGACGGUGAUUUGGGCCCAAAUACGGGAGGAAUGGGAGCGUAUUGUCCGUGUCACCUGUUAAGCGGGACGGAAUAUGAACAGGUGAAGGUGAACGUUCUCAAGAAGGCUGUUGAUGGACUUAGAAAGGAGAACAUCCCCUUUGUCGGGGUGCUUUAUGCCGGUUUGAUGCUGACCAAGGACGGUCCCAAAGUCUUGGAGUUCAACUGUAGAUUCGGCGAUCCCGAGACGGAAGUGGUGCUACCGCUGUUGGUGCCGGACCUGUUUACAAUUAUGAUGGCUUGUUGCGACGGAACUUUAAGCCCGUCGCUUGUUCACUGGCGCAAGAACGUGUCCGCCGUGGGCGUGAUUCUAGCAUCUCGCAAUUAUCCGGCGUCCUCGUCCAAGGGUCAAGUUAUAACAGGCAUUGACGUAGUGUCGCGUAAACGGGAUCACUUUGUUUUCCAUAGCGGCACGGCUGUUUCGUCGGAGGGCGAAUUGGUAACCAACGGCGGAAGAGUUCUCAUUUCCGUCAGUAUAGCGCCAACCUUGGCAUUGGCCACGGCUAGAGCUACCCAAGCCGCUCGGUACAUAUCGUUCGACGGAAAGCAAUUUAGAACGGACAUUGCGCAUAAAGGGAUUGCCAGAUCUAUUUUACAGGAAGGGCAAUUAACGUAUGAGAGUAGUGGCGUGAGUAUCGACGACGGCGAUCACUUUGUAACCGCUAUUGCGCCAGCUACUUGGUCCACAAAGCGCGCUGGCACUUUGGGCACCAUAGGCGGAUUCGGAGCCCUCUUUGACGUAAAGGCUGCUGGCUAUGUCGAUCCUAUCCUCGUGUCAGGCACCGAUGGUGUUGGCACCAAACUAAAGGUAGCAAUUGAAUGCAAGAAGCACGACACGGUGGGUAUUGACUUAGUAGCUAUGUGCGUGAACGAUGUUCUCGCGCACAAUGCGGAGCCGCUGUUUUUCCUGGAUUACUUCGCCUGCGGCAAACUCGACGUUCAGGUAGCCUCGACAGUUGUAACUGGGAUUACCGAAGGUUGCAAGCAAGCAGGAUGCGCCUUGAUUGGCGGAGAAACGGCUGAGAUGCCAGACAUGUAUUCCGAGGGAGAAUACGACUUGGCGGGCUUUGCAGUAGGCGCGCUCGAAAGAGGCGACUUGCUGCCGCGCGUGGACGAAAUGAAAGAGGGUGACGUGGUAAUCGGUCUUCCAUCCAGCGGUUUGCACAGCAACGGUUUUAGUUUGGUGCGAAAAAUUGUAAAACUUUCGGAAAAGAAAUAUUCGGACGUCGCGCUUUUCUCACAGAGCAAUCGAACGAUCGGCGAGGAACUGUUGGAGCCAACAAGGAUUUAUGUGAAAAGCGUUAUUCCUGCCUUGCGAACCAAUCUGGUGAAGGGAUUCGCGCACAUCACCGGCGGCGGUCUUACGGAAAAUAUUCCUAGAAUCUUACCGAAGCACUUGAGUGUGACGUUAGACGCGAAAAAAUGGAAUAUUUUACCAAUCUUUCCCUGGCUAGCAGCAAUUGGCGGAAUUAACAAAGACGAGAUGUUAAGGACAUUCAACUGCGGAAUCGGUGCGGUCUUGAUAUGCUCCGAGAAAGACAAGGUCCAGGUGUUAGCUAAGCUAAAAGCCGAAAAUCCUGUAAUUAUUGGAAGCGUCAAUAAAAAUGGUGGCCAGGCUAAGGUGCGUGUAGAGAACUUUGAAAACGUUCUCGAGCUGGAGAUGAAACGAUAUGUUUCCUGCUUAGUUGCAACGCUCCACCACGCUCCUAAAAGAGUAGGAGUUUUGAUAUCGGGUAGCGGCACAAAUCUCCAAUCGUUAAUUGAUGCUACUCAGGACCCGUAUCAGCACAUUGGAGCGGAAAUCGUCCUGGUGAUCUCCAACAAGCCCGGCGUCGAAGGAUUGAAACGCGCUGAGAGAGCUGGCAUUGAGACGCGGGUAAUUAAGUACACCGAUCAUCCAAGCCGCGAGACUUUCGACGCAGCCAUGAACCUGCGACUUCACGACUCCGGAGUGGAAAUAGUUUGCCUGGCUGGCUUUAUGCGAAUUCUUUCGGAACAGUUUGUAAAACAUUGGAAAGGAGCUUUGUUGAAUAUACAUCCCUCAUUGUUGCCGUCUUUCAAGGGUGCGAACGCACACAAGGAUGUUUUAGCAGCGCGUGUGCGUGUGUCGGGCUGCACCGUGCAUUUCGUCGAGGUCGAGGUAGACUCGGGAGCUAUCGUUGAGCAGGAAGCAGUGCCCGUAUUCCCAGACGAUACUGAGCAAACGUUGCAAGAACGCGUGAAGACUGCGGAGCAUCGUGCCUAUCCCCGUGCCUUGAAGCAUCUAGCGACCGGUCGUAUAAAAUUGAAAGAAGACGGCACUAUUCAGUGGAAUUAGAAAUUGCGUGUCUACACACCGAUUUUAUAAAACAUAAAAGUUAUAUUUUUUAUACCGAUAUAUCUUAAUAUAUAUACAAACUUUAUCGAAAUCUAG